AUGGGAUUCACUGUCUAUGGGGCACCGAUAGGUUGGACUUCUGUCGCUUUGGCUAUCUUGGCCUCGAUGGGAGGGUUCAUUUUCGGAUACGAUACCGGUCAAAUAUCUGAUAUUCUCCUUAUACCCGACUUUUUACAACGCUUCGGACAACAAGGUCCUGAUGGUACAUACGCAUUCAGUAACGUUCGAGAAGGACUUAUCGUUGGUAUGCUUUCCAUUGGUACUCUCAUCGGUGGUUUGGCAGGAAGUUAUAUCUCUAAUUGGACGGGUAGAAGAAGAGCCAUGAGUGCCUUUUGUGUGAUCUUCUCCGUAGGGGUCUUGAUACAGAUUACGGCUUUUUCGUCUUGGGUACAAAUCAUGAUGGGUCGGUUCAUUGCCGGAUGGGGUGUAGGUGCUCUCUCGUCCGCCGUCCCAGUCUUUGUCUCUGAGACUGGUCCAAAGGAGAUACGAGGUUCACUAGUGGCAUUCUAUCAGCUACAGAUCACCUUCGGUAUCCUCACCGCCUACUGCUUCUCCAUCGCUGCUCGUCCCAUCAAGUCUCAUGGCGGGGCAUGGCGCACCGUCAUCGGUCUCGGCUGGAUAUGGGCUCUGAUCCUCGGUAUCGGUAUCCUCUUCAUGCCCGAAUCCCCUCGAUGGCUGAUCCAACGUGGCAUGUACAACGACGCUCGCAAGUCUCUUGCCCGAGUCCGUGGGGUUGCUGCCGACUCCAACCACGUACAAUAUGCCUUCAACGAGAUCGCCACAGAUAUCAAGAAGGACGAAGCCUCAGGUAAAGGUACAUGGCUCGAGUGUUUCGUUGGAAAAAGGGGAAUACCCAAAUUGGCCUACCGAACCUACCUCCUGAUGAUGUUGCAGGCUUUACAACAGCUGACGGGCGCCAACGCUUUCUUUUACUUCGGUUCAUCUAUUUUCAUAUCUGUAGGGCUCCAGGACAGCUUUGUGACGCAGAUAAUACUUGGGGCCGUCAACUUCAUCUGUACUUUCCUUGGAAUUUACGUGAUGGAGCGAUUUGGACGGAGGUGGCCCCUUAUUGUCGGGGCAUUAUGGCAGAGCGCUUGGCUAUUUGCGUUUGCGGCUGUGGGGGUGACACAGGAUACAAACACGAAAGCCACGGGUAGCUUCUUGAUCGCAGCUGCGUGUAUGUUCAUCCUCGGGUAUGCCAGCACAUGGGCGCCAGGGAUCUGGAUUUUGACUGGGGAAACCUUCCCUACCCGAACUCGACAGAAGCAAGCAGGAUUGGCCGUGGCGUCGAACUGGACAUGGAAUUUCCUUCUUGCAUUCUUCACCCCUUUCAUUGUCUCUUCGAUCAACUUAGCUUAUGGGUUUAUCUUCGCUGGUUGUAAUCUUUUCGGCGCUCUAUUCGUCUAUCUGUUCUUGUACGAAUCGUCCGGUCUUUCUUUGGAGCACGUGAAUGUCAUGUACGGAACUCCUGGGCUCAAGGCGUGGCAUAGUGCGGAAUGGAAACCUGAAGACUUUUCAUCCCGCAGAUCCGAAUGGGAAGAUUCGAAAAGCUCUACAGGCCAACUGGAAAAUACAGCUCCAAGACAGGACUCGGAAGAAACUAUGCGGGAGCUUCAUCGUAAUUCUUACGGGGGAGUGCCCAAACCGGUUGUAUCGAGGGUAUGACACUAUAGCACUUCGAACAUGACCCUAAGAUCACACCAACAGGCACGCUUAUAUCAAUGAAGAAGAUUUAUAUAGUGUAGCGAUGACAGCGGUUUCUGUCGAUAUCAGUGUGCAAAGUCAAGGGUGAAAAAUGAUCAGUAAGAAAUGGAAUUCACAAUGUAGCCAUAAUAACAAGAAGGAAAAUAUGCAUUGUAAUUGUGUAUCCG